CACUAUGCUGCGCACUCGUAUCUCUGCUGUGCUCACCCCUAUGACCCGGGCAUACGGCUCGCUCGGCACGUUCUCGCUCCCUAAGCCGCCAUCGGAGCCGAUGCUCAACUAUGCGCCUGGCUCGCCGGAGCGUGCGGCACUUGCUGAGGCGCUGACAGAGGUCUCUGGCGAGGUGGUCGACAUCCCCUGCGUGGUCAACGGCGAGGAGGUGUACACUGGCGAUGUGGUGGAGCAGGUCAUGCCCACCCGCCACUCGCAUGUUCUCGCUCGCGUCCAUCGCGCCUCGCAGGAGACUGUCCAGGCUGCCAUCGAUGCCUCGCUCGAGGCCCGGGCAGAGUGGGCGGCGAUGCCGGCAGAGGCCCGCUUUGCCAUCUUCCGCAAGGCCGCAGACCUCGUUGCCUCCAAGCACCGGGCCAAGAUGUGCGCCACGGUCAUGCUCGGGACGGGCAAGAACGUGUGGCAGGCCGAGAUCGACGCCGCUGUGGAGACUAUUGACUUUUUCCGCUUCAACACGGCCUUUGCCGAGGACAUCUACGCCAUGCAGCCACCGCAGAACGCACCGGGCAACUGGAACCGGUCCGAGUACCGCCCGCUCGAGGGCUUUGUCCUCGCCGUCUCGCCGUUCAACUUUUGUGCCAUCGGCGCCAACCUCUGCACCGCUCCGGCCAUGAUGGGCAACACGGUGGUGUGGAAGCCGGCCUCGACGGCGGCGCUUGGCAACUACUACGUGUACAACAUCCUCCGCGAGGCUGGCCUCCCCGACGGCGUCAUCAACUUUGUUCCGGGCUCGGGCCCGGUCAUCGGUGACACCUGCCUCAACUCGCCACACCUUGGGGGCCUGCACUUUACCGGCUCGACCGAGACCUUCAACUCGCUCUCGCACGCCAUCACCUCGAACUACGGCAAGUACGUGGGCUACCCACGCGUGGUCGGCGAGACCGGCGGCAAGAACUUCCACUUCCUCCACGCCUCGGCCGACGUUCGCUCCGCCGUCAACAACACUCUCCGCGGUGCCUUUGAGUACCAGGGCCAAAAGUGCUCCGCGACGUCGCGGCUGUACGUUCCGGCCUCACUCUGGGACGAGGUCCGCGACUCGCUGGUCGCCGAGAUGGCCAACAUCAAGGUCGGUCAGCCUUACGAGUUUGACGCCUUUAUGACCGCCGUAAUCGACAAGUCCUCCUUUGACAACAUCUCGCGCUACCUUGCUGCUGCCGCCGCCGCGCCGGAUGCCGAGGUCCUUGCCGGUGGUUCUGCCGACGACUCGGAGGGCUACUUUGUCGAGCCGACCCUCAUCCACACUACCGACCCGCACUUCCUCACCAUGGAGGAGGAGAUCUUCGGCCCGGUUCUCACCGCCUACGUCUACGACGACGACAAGUUUGAGGAGACGCUCGAGGUCUGCGCCUCGACCUCGCCGUACGCCCUCACCGGCGCUGUCUUUGCCCGCGACGCCGACGCCCUGCUCACUGCCGACGCCGCCCUCAAGGACGCCGCAGGCAACUUUUACGUCAACGACAAGUCGACUGGCGCUGUCGUCGGCGCCCAGCCCUUUGGUGGCGCUCGCGCCUCGGGGACCAACGACAAGGCGGGCUCCGCCCUCAACCUCCUCCGCUGGGUCUCUGCCCGUACCAUCAAGGAGAACUACCUUCCGCUCGACGACUGGCGCUACCCGCACAUGGAGUAAGGAGACUCUGUUUACACCGUUUGGAGAAGCAGUCCCAGCCACUUGCGCAUCACAUGCCCUGCGUUGUUUGGCUGGGCCGUGGCCACGCCCGAGCAUCCACACUUGGCUACGCCCCAGUUCCGAGAUACACCAUAAACUCCUGCACAAGCUCCUC